AUGUCUGAUAGCAGUCCUCAUUUGACUCCAUCUGACAAUGAUAUACUGGCUCAAGAAUACUGGCUCAAUAAUCCUGCUUGUCAACUUCUUAAGCAGCACAUUCUUGCUGAGUCUGACCGGAAGCAACUCGUCACACAAAAGGAGGUGCUACGAGAUUGGAUUGAUGAUAUCUUUGAUGAUAUAGCACCUCUCCCGUCUAAGACUCUCCUGAGUGAUGACAGCACCACAGAACUGGAAUCAGACAAUGUUGCACCUCUCCCAUCAAAAGCUCUUCUCAGCAGCGAUGACAGUGUCAUGGAACCAGAAUCGGAUGAACCAGGACAGCGCACAGUGCCCUCAAAGACUCUCCCAAGCAACGACAGCAUCACAGAACCAGAAUCGGACAACAUCACACCUUGA